CUACACUGGUAAAGCAGGGUAAUACUGCCACCAAGCGUUCCGAGGUAGAGCUACACCAAGUUAUUCGAAUCACUACAUAAAUUGCGGGGUGUUUUUUUCCACUAUUGGCCAUUUUGGCUAUUUAUAAAGAUAUAUGUGGGUAUUUAUAAAUUAAACAUCCCUUAAAACUCACUUUUUACGCUCAUUCGUUUACUUAAUCUGUUAUUACAAUUUUCGACAGCAUAUUUUGCAGAUUUGCAACUGAAACUCUAAACCGAAUCCAGAGAAGUCAUUUUUACCACGUCUCAAAACACUAUGAUGGAAAUUAUGGUGGUGGAAAUUAUAUUUUAGUCGUUUUUGGAACAAAGUGGCCGACCCACUUACCUUGCUAAGGCAAAUUUUAUAGCUAGCAUUUUAUUUAGAAAAACAAUAUUUCACACUUCUAAACUUGAUUUGAAAAGGCACACGAUAAAAAAGAAUAUAUAUAUAUUUUGUUUAAGUGACAUUUACCUUGAUUUAUAUUGAAUUUACUUCACAUUUUAACUCCGGGAUGCUCAACUCUGACAUACACGGUUUCUCCUUGGUAACGAAGUAGCCUACACUAACUUUUAAAAAAGAAAAGAAGGAAGAAAACCCUUCGUGCUUACUGAAUUUUGUUUGAAAAAGCUGUCAAAACAGGUACAUAGGCUACUUGUAAGACAUCCCCUCCCUCAAACGCCCCAUGGUCACCGAGUUCAGAAGAAAGUGUGUGCGUCGCCGCGCCUCUUAGCGCGCGCUCCAAGGCACACUAAAAUAACGGAGUGCGUUUUUCCAGACAUCACUGAGACUGCUGCAGAGAUGCUUGGAUGAUGUACUCCAUCAUGUGUAACACAUAAACCAGACUAUAUGCCACAAACCGACGCUUCGACGACUGUUUUUUGACUUUUAAACUAUAUCCAUGGAAACGCACAAGUGACCUUGGCAAACCCAGGACCCUUUGGAAGUUUUAAAACAUCAAUACGCGUUACACACGCCACAGAAAACAUGAAUGUUUCACACGGACUACUGAACCGGACGAUAUCUACAGCGAAGCAACCGUUGGAAAGCGUUCGAGGAUGCUGCAGUAACUUCUCGGUGAUCACGAGCGACGGGUUCGGUUCACCGAUUCAGGACGAGCGCGAUCAGUUCAUCAUGCGUUUGGUGCAGAUCGCGGUUCUCUGUGUGCUGUCACUGACGGUCAUUUUCGGCAUAUUUUUCCUCGGGUGCAAUCUACUCAUCAAGUCCGAGAGUAUUAUAAAUCUGCUGGUGGAGGACAGAAGACCUUCCAAAGAUGCGGAUAUUAUUAUGAUAGCGGCAUGAGUCGUGCCAUAAACCUGACACGAACUGGCAAUCUGUCAUGAACGACACCUGUUGGUAUGAUUCUCAUGCCAAUGAUGAACUAAAUGUAUUUUUAUAUAUUUCAUCUGGGACCAGAACCUGUUAAUGUCGCAAUGGAGACUGAACAAUGCAUUCAACUUUUUUUUAAAACCCAGAAAUGUGUGGUGAUGAUUAUUUGUCUACAUCUUCUUUCAAAACACAUCUUCAUGAAGACACCUGAAACAACAAGAGCAGAGAAAGAUAACUGGACAAAUGCAUUAAUCCAGGACAGAUCAUUUGAAAUUAAGAAUUUGUCAUUUGUUUUGUAUUUAUAUUGGCUGAAUUGAUUCAUGUGACUCGUUGAAAUGAUUCAAGAAUUUCUUAAUGUGUUUGUGUAAAGUUUGUGUUAACUUGCAUGCAAAAUGGAUUAAAAGGAUAUAGA